AUGGAAUGUCAGAGGAACAUAUCAGAAUUUCUUCUUAUGGGGCUAUCUUCUAAGCAGAACAUUGAAGUAUUUUGCUUCAUGUUCUUCUUACUCUGCUACUUUACCAUCUUGUCUUGGAAUCUGUUGAUCCUUUUCUCAAUUAGAUGCAGUUCUCUGUUUGACCAACCUAUGUACUAUUUCCUCAGUCAUUUAGCUUCUAUGGACAUUUGCUAUACCUCCUGUGUGACACCCAAAUUGAUUGGGGAUCUGCUUGCAGAAAGAAAAACCAUCUCUUAUACAAACUGCAUGCUACAGGUCUUUGCCAUGCACUUCUUUGGAAUGAUUGAAAUCUUAAUUCUGACAGCCAUGGCCUUUGACCGCUGUGUGGCCAUCUGCAAGCCUCUCCACUACAUGGUCAUCAUGAGCAGAAACAGAUGCCAUGUUUUUAUGUUGGUUUCCUGUGUUGGUGGUGUUGCCCACUCCUUUCCCCAGGUUAUAAUGCUAUUCUGUUUGCCCUUCUGUGGACCCAAUGAAUUAGAUCACUACUACUGUGACGUUUUCCCUUUGUUGAAAGUUGCUUGCACUGAUACCUACAUCACUGGUGUCCUCAUGGUUGCCAAUUCAGGAACGGUUUCCUUUGUUAUCUUUGUUCUCUUGUUUGGUUCAUACGCAAUUAUACUGUUCACAUUAAGGAAUUACUCAGCAGAGGGGAGACGCAAAGCUCUUUCAACCUGUGGGUCCCAUAUAUCUGUGGUUACUUUAUUCUUUGGACCUUCCAUCUUUGUCUACCUUAGACCACCUUCCACUUUCCCUGAAGACAAAAUCUAUGCACUGUUUUAUACUAUCAUUGCUCCUAUGUUAAACCCCCUCAUAUAUACUCUAAGAAAUACAGAGAUGAAGAGUGCCAUAAAGAAGGUUUGGUGUCAGAUGACAUUUUUAGGAGAAAAACACAAAUAA